UUUUAUUUUUUCAUCAAUUGUAUAAACUUAAUUUUGAAAAUGUCUUUAGCUCGUGUUCAUACUGAUAAUGCUCCUAAGGCUGUUGGUCCUUAUUCACAAGCCAUUAAGGUCAACGGUUUUGUCUAUACUUCUGGUCAAGUUGCUAUUGACCCUACUACUGGCAAGCUUAUUGAAGGUGAUAUUAAGGAACAAACUAAGCAAGUUUUCAGUAACCUUAGCGAAGUCCUUAAGGCUGCUGGUUCUAGUCUCGAAAAGGUUAUUAAGACUACCGUUUUCCUUAAGGAUAUGAACAAUUUUGCUGCCAUGAAUGAAGUUUAUGCUAGUUACUUUACAACUCAACUUCCUGCUCGUUCUACUAUUGAAAUUGCUCGUCUUCCUUUAGAUGCUGCUGUUGAAAUUGAAUGUGUUGCUUUGACUGAUUAAUUUUUUUUCGUUUUUUUUUAUUACUACUAAAAGGUGUAUUACAAUGCAAAAUAAAACAAAAAAAAAAAAA